AUGGCCCUCAACAAGUUGGGAAUCGACAAGCUAAAUUUAGCCGGAAAGAGAGUGCUCAUGAGGGUGGACUUCAACGUGCCUCUAAAAGAGGGCGUCAUAACCAACAACCAGAGGAUCGUCGCCGCUCUGGAGACGGUCAAGUAUGCCAUCGACCAGAAGGCGAAGAGCAUCGUUCUGAUGUCCCAUCUGGGAAGGCCGGAUGGUAACAAGAACCCCAAGUUCACGAUGAAACCGGUCGCCGACGAGCUGACCAAACUGUUGAACAGAGAAGUGACCUUCCUGCCAGAUUGCGUAGGGCCGGAGGUGGAGAGCGCCUGCCAGGAUCCGAAACCCGGAUCCGUCUUCCUCCUGGAGAACCUUCGCUUCCACGUGGAGGAGGAAGGCAAAGGUAUCGACGCAGCCGGCAAGAAGAUCAAAGCUGAACCGGAGAAGGUUCAAGCCUUCCGUCAGAGUCUCAGGAAGUUGGGCGACCUCUUCGUCAACGAUGCUUUCGGCACCGCGCAUCGUGCACAUUCCAGCAUGAUGGGUGACGGUUUCGAUGUUCGCGCCGCCGGUUUCCUGCUGAAGAAGGAACUUCAAUACUUCGCCAAAGCCUUGGACAAUCCUGAAGCUCCGUUUUUGGCCAUUCUUGGUGGUGCUAAAGUCGCAGACAAGAUCCAACUGAUCGAAAACCUUCUCGAUAAGGUCAACGAGAUGAUCAUCGGCGGAGGAAUGAGCUACACCUUCUUGAAGGAAUCCAGAGGAAUGAAGGUAAUAUAG